UGCUGUAGUUACCCUGCCGUUGACAAGCAAGCUAAUCUUCUUCCAGUUCGAGAUCCACAUGAUCGUUGUUUGGACCAAUUCAUAAGACAAAAGAAACAGGGGAGAGGGAAAGGAGUAGCAGUGGCCCCCAACCAUGGCAGAAGCCACUGUGUGCCUUCGAAGCAGCUUCAGUGAUCAGCUCAGCUCAGCUCUUGAAGUCAAAGCAGCUCGAGCUUUUCCUGAAUUGGUCAACAUACGGAGCACCAUAUUUCUGUGCCAUGGCAAUUUGCCCGUGAUACAUUUGCACACAGAGCGAGAGAGAGAGAGAGAGAGAGAGAGAGAGAGAGAGAGAGUUCCAUUUCAACACAGCCUACCCAACUCCAAGUCUACACAGUCUCGGCUCCUUCGGUCAUUCCCUCUCGUCACCCAAAUCCAAAUCCAACGCCAACAAACACCAACACAAUCUCUACUUUUAAUCCCUCCUCUUCUCACUCUCAUCCAGAUUGCCACACCACACUGCACCCGUCAGCAAAAGAUUAGAUUUUUCUUCUUCCAUAGGCACAUCCAUCAAAUGGAGCUGAAAUCUCCUGAUCCUUCCUCCCCCAACUCCACCUCCAGCAGCAGCAGCAGCAAUGGAGUGGCCACUGCAGCAGCCCCUUCAUCCGCACCUCUCACUCCCAAGUCCAUACCCAGAUCCAUCGACGCCAAUCCUUCCCCCACCACCUUCGUCCAGGCCGACGCCGGUUCCUUCAAACAGGUAGUCCAGAUGCUGACGGGCUCCGUCGAGACCACCGCCAAGCACGUGGGCGGCACCGUGGCGUCGCCCACAAGGAGCGGGAUCCCGCCCGCCGCUAAGGCCACCGGCCCCAAGAAGCCGGCUUUCAAGCUCUACGAGCGCCGCGGCAGCCUCAAGAACCUCAAGAUGAUAUGUUCUGACCCGAACUCGCCGUUGGGCAGGGCCGCCUUCCCCCCCCGGAGGCAGCCGGAGAUCCUCUCCCCGAGCACGCUGGACCUGCCGUCGUUGACCCUUAGCCCGGUCACGCCGCUGAUCCCUGAUCCUUUCAACCAUUCGGCGGCCGCAGCCGCAGCGUCGUCGGCGGAGGACCGGGCGAUCGCCGAGAAGGGGUUCUACCUCCACCCUUCGCCGAGGACCACGACAGGGGCCGCGGAGCCGCCAAGGCUGCUGCCGCUCUUCCCGGUGACAUCGCCGAGGAUGCCGUCCGCAUCUUCCACCUGAGAUGGCUCAAUUGUACACCUCGGGCGCUCUACCACCAAGCAAACCAAAUCAACGAAGCAUGGACGAACCAUCUCCGUUAUGUUCCCCUUCAGUCUUACUUGUCUCUGAGUGGUCUCUCCUUCAUCAAGAUCAUCUUUUUCUAUCCAUUUCUUGGUUAUCUGA